CGGCCCGAGCGCGGCCCGGAGCGGCCCCGGCCCCGGUUCCCCGCGGCCCCGCGGGCUGAGGCCACGCCCGCCCGGAGCCCCGCUCGGAGCGCCCUCCGGGCCCCGCCGCCGCCAUGGCGCUGAUCGAGGGCGUCGGCGACGAGGUGACGGUGCUGUUCGCGCUGCUGGUGGCGGCCGCGGUGCUGGGGCUCGCCUGGGCCUCCACGCGCGCCCCCGAGCCCGCGGCGCCGCCGCCCGAGGCGGGUCCGAGCGCGGCCCCCACCGAGCGCAAGGCCCCGGCCCCGGCCGCAGCCCCGGCCGAGGGAGCGGCGGCCCCCGAUGAGGCGGCGGGGCUGCGGCACCGGGAGCCCCCCGCGGCCGCCCCCGAGGGCCCCGCCGAGCCCACGCUGGUGCUGCGGCUCAAGUUCCUGAACGACACCGAGCGCCUGGCGCGGGUGCGCCCCGGAGACACCGUCGGGGCACUCAAGAGGACCUACUUCCCCGGGCAGGAGCAGCAGGUGCGGCUGAUCUACCAGGGGCAGCUGCUGCGCGACGAUGCCCAGAGCCUGGCGGGGCUGCACCUGGGCCACCUGAGCGUCCUGCACUGCCACCUGUCCCCGCCCAGCGCCGCCCCCGCCGCCCCCGGGCCCCCGGCCCCCGCGCCCGCGCCCGCCGCGCUGGGCGUGGGCAGCCUGGCGCUGCCGCUCUUCGUGCUGCUGCUGGCCCUGCUCUGGUACCUGCAGCUGCAGCACCGCCACGUCUUCACCGCCACCGCCACCACCUGCCUGGCUGGGCUCACCCUGCUCGUCACCUUCGUGGCCUUCGCCAUGUACCGCAGAUAGCGCGGCCCAGACACGCUCCCGGAGCCUGAGCCGUGCCCGGACACCGGGGGAGACCCCAGCCCACUGUGGGAGCCCCCCAGCCUGCCUGGGGCUCUGCGUUCAGCUCACCCAGUACAUCAGAACUAGGGGUGCCGGGCUCCAGACUGU